AUGGGUAAUUGCAGCUCAUCAUGCUGCGGAGGUCGGUCCCGCGAGGGUCUUUACGAGCCCGUCCUAGCCGAUAGCGAACGCGAGGCAGUUGCCGACUUGCUGCAGUACCUUGAAAAUCGAGGAGAAACCGACUUCUUCUCCGGGGAACCUCUUCGGGCGCUUAGCACUUUGGUUUUUUCGGAAAACGUGGAUUUGCAGCGGAGUGCAAGUCUCACAUUUGCCGAGAUCACUGAACGAGAUGUUCGAGAGGUUGAUAGGGAUACACUUGAACCUAUCCUUUUUCUGUUGCAAAGCCCCGAUAUCGAAGUCCAGCGGGCUGCCAGUGCCGCUCUGGGCAAUUUGGCUGUCAACACCGAGAACAAGGUUUUGAUAGUCCAGCUCGGCGGUCUAACGCCGCUGAUUCGGCAGAUGCUCUCACCCAAUGUUGAAGUUCAGUGCAACGCUGUCGGAUGCAUCACCAAUCUCGCGACCCACGAGGAAAACAAGGCCAAGAUUGCUAGAUCUGGCGCUCUUGGGCCACUGACGAGAUUAGCUAAAUCUCGGGACAUGCGAGUCCAGAGGAACGCCACCGGUGCCCUGCUCAAUAUGACACAUUCCGACGAGAACCGACAGCAGCUCGUUAAUGCCGGCGCUAUCCCUGUCCUUGUCCAACUCCUCAGCUCCAACGACGUCGACGUACAGUAUUACUGCACCACGGCGCUCAGCAACAUCGCUGUAGACGCAAACAACAGACGGAAGCUUGCCUCUUCCGAACCAAAACUCGUCCAGUCUCUGGUCAAUCUCAUGGACUCGUCCUCCCCCAAGGUCCAAUGCCAGGCAGCACUGGCCCUGCGAAAUCUCGCGUCUGAUGAAAAGUACCAGCUGGACAUAGUACGAGCUAGCGGUCUCGCACCUCUUCUCCGACUCUUACAGUCAUCCUACCUUCCUCUGAUCCUCUCCGCCGUCGCUUGCAUACGAAACAUCUCCAUCCAUCCCAUGAACGAGUCGCCCAUAAUCGAGGCCAACUUUCUCAAACCGUUGGUCGACCUGCUCGGAUCAACCGAUAACGAAGAAAUCCAGUGCCACGCCAUUUCUACCUUGCGCAAUCUCGCCGCCAGCUCGGACCGAAACAAGGCACUUGUUCUUGACGCUGGAGCCGUUCAAAAGUGUAAACAGUUGGUACUUGACGUGCCCGUCACGGUGCAAUCCGAGAUGACUGCGGCCAUUGCCGUCCUGGCGCUUAGCGAUGACCUCAAGUCGCAUCUCCUCAACCUGGGAGUCUGCGACGUCUUGAUUCCCUUGACACAUUCCCCUAGCAUCGAGGUGCAAGGUAACAGUGCUGCAGCGUUGGGUAACUUGUCAUCCAAAGUUGGCGACUACUCCAUCUUCAUCCAGAACUGGAACGAGCCAAACGGUGGCAUCCACGGUUAUCUUGGUCGGUUCUUGCAAUCUGGAGACGCUACUUUCCAACACAUUGCGGUCUGGACCCUGCUGCAGCUAUUCGAGUCGGAGGACAAGACGCUCAUUGGCCUGAUUGGCAAAGCCGAGGACAUUAUCGAACAUAUCCGAACCAUUGCGAACCGGCAAGUUGAGGCGGAAGCUGAGUACGAAGAGGAGGAUGAGGGUGAAGUGGUCAAUUUGGCGCAGCGAUGCCUGGAAUUGCUUGGCCAGAGCAUGUCAAAGGCUCAUAUCGAGGGCUAA